AUGGCAGUGGAGGUCUUGAAAUCGAAAGGGGUUCCAGAGGAUCGGAUAUUCUUUUUGAAUGUUAUUGCGAGCCCCGAAGGUAUCUCACGUUUCGCGCAGCACUUUCCUAGAUUGCGAGUUGUCACAUCUUUUGUUGACCAGGGUUUGAACGGUAAGAAAUACAUAGUGCCCGGAUUAGGCGAUUUUGGAGACCGCUUUUACACGCUCUGA